CAUACCAGCAUACCUACUGAGCCUACUCUAAUUUAAAUUUAAUAAACAAUUGUUUUAGUAUUGAAAACUGUUGUUGUUGUAAUUGUUACCUAUUAAUGCCGAUGAAAGAAUAAUUUUAAUAAAAUGGUUGAUAUUAUAAUAAAUAAAUAUCUAGAAACCCAAUUAGAAUUAGCUAAACAAAAACAAGUUUCAAAAAUUGUCAAUGAGGAACAAGUUUCCGAUAAAAGUAAAUCUGCUGCUGGUCGUAUAGCUAAGAAACAAGAUAAACAUUCAAAAAUAUCACUAAGUUCUAGUAGUAAAUGUAAAGACCAACGCCAGAAGUCUACAGAACAUGAAGAAGAUGAGGAAUACACUCCGUCUUCUGACGACGAAAUUGAAGUGCGCUUACCAAAUUUAGCUACAUCUUCCCGUUCUAAACAAAAUAUUAAGAAAAUAAUAGAUGACGGUGAUAUCAAACUUUAUAAUGAGAGAGUCGAAAAUUGGAGAAAAAGUUUAAGUGAAGUUGAAGCUGGGAAUUCAAACCCAUCAUAUAUGUCAGCAGACAUUCAAUAUAUAUUAGACGGUAACAAAAACCCUGAGGAAAAACAUGAACUUCAAAAUGGUCUAUGUGUACCUGUAUACAUAUGGAAGCAAUUGUAUAAGUAUCAAAGAAUUGGUGUCAAAUGGUUAUGGGAACUACAUCAGACUCAAUGUGGUGGUUUAUUAGGCGAUGAAAUGGGAUUAGGUAAAACUGUUCAAAUAAUCGCAUUUUUGUCUGGAUUGGCAAAUACAGAUAGUGGCACUUGGGGAGGACUAGGUCCUUCUAUCAUAGUUGCACCAGCAACAGUCAUAUUCCAAUGGGUAUCCCAUUUCCAUUAUUGGAACCCUUCGUUGAGGAUUGCAGUACUACACCAAGCUGGCUCACAUGGCGGCACUCAUCAUAAACUCAUUAGAGACUUGCAUGAAUCACAUGGGAUAUUGAUGAUAACAUAUGCAGGGGUAGUGAAAUAUGCUAAAGAUCUUCAAACUAGAAAGUGGCACUAUAUAAUUUUGGAUGAGGGACAUAAAAUAAGAAAUCCAGACACUUAAGUCAGUAAACUUGUAAGGAAAUUUGAUACACCACAUAAAUUGUUGAUAACAGGGUCGCCUAUGCAGAAUAGUUUGCAGGAAUUAUGGUCUUUAUUUGACUUUAUGAGACCAGGUCUGUUGGGAACACAUACUGCUUUCAUGGAGCAUUUUGCCGUCCCAAUCACUCAAGGUGGUUAUGCAAAUGCUACAGAUAUACAGGAGGCCACUGCUUUAGAAAUAGCAAAGGCCCUUAAAGCAAUAAUAACUCCAUAUAUGCUGAGGAGAACUAAAGCUGAAGUUCAAGAUUUCAUUCACUUGCCAGAGAAGAAUGAACAAGUCCUGUUUUGUGCACUUAGUCAGGAGCAGAAAGAUUUGUACAUGGGCUAUCUUAUGAGUGCAACAGUCCGUGGCAUUUUGGAUAAAGAAAGUAGGUUUGGAGAACCCCUGCGAGCAAGAAUUUUGGUUGCUCUGUCUACUUUGAGGAAAAUUUGUAACCAUCCAGAUAUUUACUUGUAUGAAGCAUUUGAUGAGACAGAAGAAAUUGAUCACCAGUCUUUUGGUCAUUGGAAAAGGUCUGGAAAGAUGUCUGUUGUUCAUUCAUUGCUUAAAAUAUGGCAAAAACAAGGACACAGAACACUUAUUUUUACCCAAUCAAGAGCAAUGUUGUGCAUUCUGGAACAGCAUUUACAGAAUUUUGAUUUUAAAUAUUUAAGAAUGGAUGGUAGUGUCAGUGUUGGUCAGAGACAAAGUUUAAUUAAAACUUUCAAUGAAAAUCCUGAAUAUUUAGUUUUUCUUGCUACAACAAGGGUUGGUGGUCUAGGUGUGAAUUUGACUGGUGCUGACAGAGUUAUAAUAUAUGAUCCAGAUUGGAAUCCAGCAACUGAUAAUCAAGCCAAAGAGAGAGCAUGGAGAAUAGGACAGCAAAGAGAUGUCACUGUGUACAGACUUUUAACAGCUGGUACUAUUGAGGAAAAAAUUUAUCAAAGACAAAUAUUUAAAAACUUUUUAAGCAAUAGAAUACUUGUGGAUCCCAAUCAAAAAAAUGUUCUCACAACCAGUACUUUACAGGGUCUUUUUACUUUAGAAGAACUCAAUUGUGAAGGAGACACAGAAACAGCAUCUCUUUUCAAACACACAAAAGUAAAUAUUAAUGAAAAAAAGAAGUCAAAAGUAAAAAAUGGUAACUCAUUCUCUAAAAAUAAGUUAGCAGCUAUGAGAAAGUUAGCAAAAGAAAUUAGUAAGAAAAUAUCAAAAUCAUGUGAAACUAAGAUAUCUAACCCAGAAGAUCCUAGAGAAGCUUAUAAGAAAAAAAGGGAUAUUCUUUUAAAUCCACCUGAAGUUGAAGAAUCAGAAACAAAAAAUACUCUAGAUGAUAAGGAAGUUAAUGUUCCCUUUGAAAAUGUCCUUUCUGAAUUAGACAUUGUAAACCAACAUGUUAAAAAAGAUUAUGAAGAAAAUUUAAUUAAUGAAGUGUUAAACAGUGAAAAGAUCGAGUCUGCAUCAGUACCUAAUAAUGACACUAUAGACACUGAAUUAGUUAAAGACAAAACUGUUCCUGAAGUUGGAGAUAAUGGAACUAUCACUGCCAAUACAUCACGAAAGAGAAAACAUUCCGAAGGCGAAACAGAAAUAGAAAAUCUGAUAGCUAUUAAGAAAGUAAAGCAUAAAAAGAGCAAAAAAGAAUCAGAAAUGAAAAUGAAUGAUGAUGAUUAUGUUUUAACAAAAUUAUUUGCUAAGGCUGGGGUUAAAAAUGCAUUACAACAUGAUGUUGUUGUGGGAUUGGCGGAAAAAGAAAAACGGCUUAGAAUGAAAGAAGAAGCUGUUUUGAAAGCUAAAAAAGCAGUAAAGGCGUUGAAAUUUUCGUCAUAAACCUUUUUUAUAAUAUGUUAAGCAUAAACUAUUUAAUACUUUGUGAUACUUAAAUAUAUGUGAUUUUU